ACAAUGAAAUAUUAUAAUUAUAAAAUUUAUUUAUAUACAUUCAUAAAAUAAUCUAUCCAUUUCAUAUCAUAUUUUUGAGAUACGGAUCUAUGCAUUCAAUUUGUUUGAUAUCAAUUUUUUAUCAAUUUUCAUGCGCAGCUGUUAACCGGAACAAAGACUGUACUGAUUCAAUAUGGAGGAACAUUUUUGAUACGCGCACUGUUUUCUAUUUUGUUUUAAAAAGUGUAAAACAUUGAUAAAAAAUUCGUUAAGACAGUGCUAAGUUUAUGGUUAUAUAAGAAUAUGUUACAAUGCUAUUUUGCAUGUACUGAGAAAAUUGACGUGUGCUUCAUAACAAUCUACAUUUUUGUGUGAAAUGAAUUAUCUGUACGAUGACGAUACUUAUUUUGCAAAAGUCACACGUAUGUUGUCUUUUCAAAAUGUAAUUACGAUAAAAUCAAGGCACUGUGUCAUUGUUAACUAUUAAUCAAGCUAUACUGUUGUUGUUUGGUAAAAUUAUCGUGAUAAUAUAAUAACAUUGUGACAAGUUCACAGAUACAUUAAACAAUAUUUAUGACAACACUGUAUAAUUAUUAUGUUUGAAGUGGAAUCUCUUCAAAAAUAUCCAACGUCAAGCAUGAAUAAGUCAGUGGAGGAUUUGUUGAUAUCUAGUCGUGAAGUAAUGAGUAACAUAAACUCAGCUGGAUUGGAAAAUCAAAAUUCAGCGACAAAUAUGGGAAAUGGUGUAUCAGAUAAUAUUGAAGAUGUACUUACUGGAGUGUGUGGAGAACGAUGCAGUCCAGUUUCAAGUCCGAAUUUAUCUCCACGUCCUAGUCCAAAAGCUCGCAAUAAACGAGAUCAUUCUAAAGUAAACUCAGAUUCAGCUCUUAAAGAAUCUAACAAUGUAAACAAAUUGGAUGAACAUCAAAUGAAUGAUGCAGCUAAUAAAUCAUCAGAUUCUUCACAAGCUGUAAAAAUUUCACAUGAAGGAAAGAAAGAAACACGUGGUAGUGAGCGAAAAAAAAAGCCAUCUUGGUACAAUGUUUUGUAUCCAACCUAUAAAUCUAGAUCUGAGGAUUUUAAGCGAAUAUUUAAAGAUGUACCAGAUGAUGAAAGAUUAGUUGUUGAUUAUUCAUGUGCAUUGCAACGUGAAAUAUUAGUUCAUGGGAGGCUUUACGUUUCACAAAAUUAUGUAUGCUUUUAUGCAAAUAUCUUCAGUUGGGAAACCUUAGUAUCUUUGCGUUGGAAGGAUGUUACAUCUAUUACCAAAGAGAAAACUGCCCUUGUUAUUCCUAAUGCAAUUUCAAUAUGCACUGCCACUGAUAAGUUUUUUUUGACAUCAUUUGGUGCAAGGGAUAAAACAUAUGUAAUGCUAUUUCGUGUUUGGCAAAAUGCUCUUAUUGGUGAGCCAAUGAAUGCAGCUGAAAUGUGGCAACUUGUUCAUUCUUGUUAUGGAGAUGAAUUGGGUUUAACGUCGGAAGAUGAAGAUUACGUUCCACCGAUAUCACCACCCGAUGAAGAGAAAUUGUCAACAAGAUUAUCCGUAGAAUCAUUCUCUGAGGUAGAAGGUAGUAAUGUGGAAAACUUAGGAAGUGGAACAGAACAAGCAAUUGAAGCAAAACCAGAAAUUCAUCGGCCUCGACCAGUCUCUAUUCCUGAUGCAACAGAUCUAAGCGAUACAACAGAAAGUGAGGCUGAAAAGCAUGGAUUCAUUUCAGUAAAACCCAGCAUUCGAAACAGUAUAAUAUGUACUUCACCUCACGAAGGUCGACAAAUCAGCAAGGCUGUACUACCUAUACAUAUUGAUCACUUAUUCACGUUGUUGUUCACAAAUUCAAAGUUCUUCUUAGAUUUUCAAACUGCACGCAAAACUACUGAUUUAGUUCAGUCAGCAUGGAUGUACAAUGAACAGACAAGUCAGAAAAUUAGGAAUUUAUCAUUUACAAUAGCACUGUCUCAAGCUAUUGGACCAAGAACCUCUCACAUUACGGAAACUCAGAUAAUGUUACCUUGCAGUAGACCGGGUCAUUUGUAUAGUAUUGAUAUAGAAAGUGUAAAUGCUGGAAUCCCGUAUGCUGAUUCAUUUAGUGUGUUAAUUCACUAUUGUAUAACCAGUAUUUCCGAAAAUGAAACAAGUAUUACAAUCUAUGCUCAAAUAAAGUACAAAAAGAAUGUAUGGGGCUUUGUAAAAGGCGUUAUUGAGAAAAAUUGUUGGGCUGGAAUAGAGGAAUAUUUUACAAGUUUAAUAAAAGCAUUAACCAUAGAAUGCGAAGAGAACAUCAGUAGUGGGGGAUUAAAAAGAAAAACAAGAAGAAGACGUCGUGUUACAACUGGUAUCACUCUACAAACUCAUUCCUCAGAUCAUUCGUCUCCCAAUUUACAAAAUUCUUUGAACUUACCACGCAUUAAUGAUAACACUGUAUCUGGUGUUCGAGGUGAUUCUAAUAUGAUAGUUAGUUCAAUGCUUUUGAUUGCUGUGUUAUGUCUGAUGGUAAUUAACGGCCUACUAUAUUAUAAACUGUGGGGUUUAGAAGAAGCUGCAGCUUAUACAAUCAUGGACUUACAUGUGUUAAAAAAUACUCCAAAGACUGACGAAGAUUGGAUCCAUUUACUGCAACAGCAAGAAAGUUUGCAUAACGUAGAAAUGAGAAAAUGGCAAAGAGUACUACAUACUGCUGCACAAUUACUUAGACAAACAGAGGAAUCUUUAACGGAGUUACAAAUGAGUAUUCACCCCACUGCUACAGAAAAAAUGUUUUCAGUCUUAAAACCAAGUAUAAAAAGUUUUAAUUCACGUACAGAACAGCGAAGUCAUUCAGAAAUAUGAGUAAAAUGCGUAAAAUAUUUCGAUAAAGUAAUCAUUGUAAUACGCAAACUAAAAAAUAUUAUAGUAAAUUUUAAGUUUACUUCAUAACAGAAAUAUUAUUAAUGAUCGUUGUCUGUGCAUACAAUUUAUGAUUAGGUACAGAAACGCGCUGUGAUGCUUAUUCUUUAAACUCCAAGUGCGCAACAACACGCAUGUAAAAUAUUUAUUACUUAUAGAAAAUGUAAUUUAAAUUUACGUUUAAAUUUACUGUUAUAAAUUUAUUGUUUCUAUUGUUUUGAAUAUUUACAUUAUAUUAUUGUGUACAUUCAGCAACAAAACUAUAAGAUACUUAUAACUUUGUCGAUUCUCAUACAAUUAUUCAAUCUUUUCCUUAAACGUUAAUCAGUCUAUUAUAAGAAAAAGGUACAAUAAUACUAUAAAACAGAAACUACAUUUUGGGAAAAACAAAUGGAAAGAAUUUAUUAACUAACCUGUAAAGAUUUAUUAAUAAUAUAUAACGUCACCUUUAUAUUUGACGCUUUAGUCAUUAUUUUUACGAAUAGUUUUGUGAUUAAUUCUUUUUUUUUAUAUUAGUUUUUAGCGCUUCGAUAAUACUAAUUAAAACCUGCUUGCCAUAAGUAUAGUUAUCAUAUGCUAACAUUUCCCAACCGCUUUCUAUAAUAUUAGAAGAUUUGAGGAUCGUAUAGGUAUAGUAAUACAUUUAUUUUUUUUUAUAAUCGAAAAAAUUGAUAACCCUUGUGUUAAGAAGCUUAAUUACACUUUUGUAUUGUUUAUAUUUUGAAUAAAUGGAUUAUCAUUUCUGUUUCGAAUAAACGAAACUGUACAACGAUCUCGUAGAAACUAUAUUCGAAUAUUACGUUUAUUGCUAUUUUUCGAUAUAAAACAGAAAAAGCAGUCAUGCUGUUUAACACCUUUUGCGCAUACCAUCUAAAUUCAAACGUUUUUUAUUGCAGAGGAUUAACAUUGUGUUACUAUAUUUUCCUUAUUAUUACGAUCUAUUAGCAAUUGAUUUGUUUAUAUGAUUUUUUAUAAUGCAUUGUAUAUUCUUAAUAUUUCCUUUAACCUCAAUUUUCGUCAUAGUGCAUCGUGAACUUAUUCAUAUAUUGAAAUUCUUAGAACUAUAUAGAAUAAGUAAGAAAUAAUUAAACCACAUUGAAAAUUCUUUACUAGAUAUUUCCAAUCUUAUUAAAUGUUUUAUAGCUUUGUUGCAGAGUGUAUAUUUCCUUUUAUAUGAAGUAUUACAUUUAUUAAAUCUUAUAUUUGUAAUGCAUACAUGCAUAAUAUAUGCAUGUAUACUUGUGUAUGUGUAUAGGUGAUGUAUAUUAGUAUAUUGUAAAGGAGAAAAAUAAAUAAUUUUUAAAGCAAUA